AUGGCGACGACGGCAGCACCAGCGCCUGCAGCAGCUGCAGUCAGCGCCGGUAAACAGAAAGCGGGCAAGAGCGCGGCCUCUGGUUUAUACAAGCCCGAGACCGUGAAGGAUAUUGCCGAAUCUCUGGGGCUAUCAAGUAUACCCGAAACUGUAGCGGCCGCACUGGCAAGCGACGUCGAGUACAGGAUACAUCAAGUGGUCGAGGAAGCGGCGCGCUUUAUGCGUCAUGCCCGACGAACAACAAUGACGACCGCGGACAUCGACAACGCCCUCCGCGUCCUCAACAUCGAGCCCUUAUACGGCCACAGCGCACACAACAACCCCAUCUUCCGGCGCGCGCUCCCUUUCUCGCAGAUGCCAUCAGCCGGAACAGUGUUCUUUGUAGAAGACGAGGAGAUCGACUUUGACAGGGUGUUGAAGGAGGAGAAGUUGCCGUUGCCUUCGGGCGUGAGGUGGACGGCGCAUUGGCUGGCGGUGGAGGGCGUGCAGCCGCUUAUACCGGAGAACCCGCCUGCUGUGCCUAGGCAGGACGAUACGGCGGGACCGUCGCGCUCGGCUAUACCCGCGAAACAACAGCAGCAGAAUGCGCUUGUCAAGCAGGUUCUGUCGCGCGAGUUGCAGCUGUACUACGGUCGUCUCACUGCCGCGUUACUGGAUACCGGCUCAGAAGGCGGCUCAAAACGCUCUGCGGCACUCGCCAGUUUACGCGGUGACGCAGGUCUACAGGCACUACUACCCUACCUCGUACGCUGGGUCGGCGAGGGCGUAGUCAACUGUCUAAAAGAAGGCACACAAAGCGAUUCGACAGGCCGAACGCUGGAGGUGUACAUGAACGCCAUCGCCGCGCUGCUCGACAACUCGUCGCUCUUCGUCGAGCCAUACCUCCACCAGCUCCUCCCGCCUAUCCUCUCCGUCCUCCUGCACUCCUCUCUGCCGCCCAUGCACGCGUCUACACUCCGACGACACGCCUCGUCGACCCUCGCGCGCAUCCUGACGCAGCACUCCGCGACGUAUCCCUCAUUAUCGCCGCGCAUAAUGAAAACGCUGCUCCUCGCUCUCCUCUCGCCGGACAAAGCCCGCGGCACCCGCGCCGGCGCCGUCCUCGGCCUCGUCGGCGUCGGCAAAGAAGCUGUGCGCAAAGGCCUCAUCGAAGCGGGGGGAGCUAGAGCAGUGGGCGAGACGCUCAUGCCCGGCGAAGACGGCGGGCUGUCGGAUGUGGUAUUUGACGCGCUGAAAACGCUCGCGGCGCCCAGUGCGAAUCCGACGCCGCUUGAUAGGUCGGGGGAGGACUAUGGAAGGUUGAGGGAUGUUGUGGGGGAGCAUUUUGCGGAGAGGUUGGCGGGGGAUGCGGGUUGGGUUGGGGCGAUACUUGGGGAGAAGUAG